AAAUUUUUAAAAUUUUUAAGAUGGGAUAAUUAUCCUAAAGUUGAAAAAGUUUUAGAACAAUUAAUAUUUUGUUAUAAAUUAGUACUUAGUAAACAAUCACCAAAAAAUUUGGAAGAUAUUUGUAUGGCUAUUUAUAAAUAUAUUAAUGAAAUUUUUGAUUCACGUUCAAGGGAUUAUAAAUCUAAUGUAGAAUUUGAGAUUAUAAAAAAAGCUUUAAAAACUCAUCCAUGGAUUUUAUGUGGAGAAAUAUUUUAUCCAGCUGAAAAAGUAGUUUUUAAUCUUCCAAAUAAAUUUCAUGUUAAUAAUUCUAUAAUUGUUGAACUUCCAACGGAAUAUAAUAGAAUGAAAUCUUUAUUUAGAUAUAUGGGAGUUCGUGAUGAGAUUGGAAUCAAGGAUUUGAUUUUAGUUAUUCAGAAUAUGGUUAAAGUGGAUAAAGAUAAAAUCUUAUCCGCGAUUGAAAUCACAAAUAUUAUUAGAAUUCUUGAACAUAUCGCAAAAAUACAAAAGGAAAAUAAAAGAGAAGGAAUUGAAAGAGAAAAAUUAGAUGGAUUAUUAAUACCAAGUACUGAAGAUACUCUUGUUAAUUUACAUGAAAUUCAAUUUGAUGAUAUGGAGGAUAGACUUGAUGAUGAUGAGAAAAAAGAUUAUAAACUUGCUCAUCGUUUCGUAACUUUGGAUAUCGCUAAAGAAUUGGAAUUACAAACUUUAGCCGGAAAAAUUACUGGCAUUAGUAAUACCGGUGGAGAUAUUAAUUGGGAUGCAUAUGAACAAAAUGAAUUAUUAACUACUAGAAUUAAACAUAUUAUCGAGGAUUAUCCGACGAGCUCCAUAUUUAAAGAAUUUCUUCAAAACGCAGAUGAUGCUAAAGCCACACACUUUUCCAUAAUAGUAGACGAAAGAAAACCAUUUUGUCAUAAUAAACUACAAAAAUCUUUUUUAUCAGAAGAGAUGGAAGAUUGGCAAGGUCCCGCAAUAUGGAUUUAUAAUGAUGCUGAAUUUACUUCAAAAGAUUUUCAAUCUUUGAUUAAACUUGGAGUUGGAGGAAAAUCUGAUGAUGAUACAAAAAUUGGUAGAUUUGGAAUAGGAUUUAAUUGUGCUUUUCAUUUAACAGAUUUACCUAGCUUUGUAAGUGGAAAAUAUAUCGCAUUUUUAGACCCUAAUGCAAAAUAUCUUCCAGCACAAGGAUACCCUCCUAGAAGAUUUAGAGGUAAUAGAUUCAAUUUUAUUGACCUGGAAUUUAAGAAGCAUUUUCCAGAUCAAUGUUAUCCUUAUGAGGCGUUAGGUUGUGAUUUUACAAAAGAAUUUAAGGGAACGUUGUUUAGACUUCCAUUAAGAACUUCUAAAUUAGCGGAACAAAGUGAAAUCUCUAAAAAGGUCCUUAAAAUUAAGGAAAUAUUUGAUAAUUUUCAGAGUAAUAACGAGAUGCUCUUUUUAAGGAAUGUAGAAUCGUGUAGUUUACGUCAUAUAACAAAUGGAAAUAGUGAUUCUCGAUUGAUUUGGGAAGUUAAAAUAAAUAUGAAUGAUAAUUAUCGUAAUAUUCGUAAAAGCGUGGUUCAUAAAUCACAAGUAUAUCAAUUAGAUUUUGAAAUGGAUAUAAAGGGAAAGAAAUCUUCGGAAAUAUGGUUAAUAUGUACGGGAGAACAUGAUAAAACUAGACAUGAUUUUAAAAAAUUUAUGAAGAAUAAACGACUCAAGCCAAGAGGCGGAGUCGCAGCUUUACUCGCUCGAUCUAAUAAAACGUUGGAUAAUUUAAAAGAUGAAUCGUUUCCAAAUCCUCCUGAUGAAUUCGUUGGCGGAAUUUAUAAUUAUUUAUCUCUAUCUAUGAUCACCAAUUUAAGCGUUCAUUUAAAUGGAAAUUUUUCCUUAACUAGCGCGAGAAAUAAUAUUAUACAAUCUGCUACUGAUUUUUUGACGGCUAAUGAUGAAGAUGCAAAAUGGAAUCAAUAUAUUAUGUAUGAUCUUUUACCUGAAUUACAUAUUAUAUUACUUGAAGAGAUCGUUAAACUUGAAAACAUUCGAUUCGAAAAAAUGAAGGCUUCUCGUACUGAUGAUACAAAAAUAAAUUUCAAACCACAUACUUUAAAUAAUCUUUGGCCGAUUCCAAAAAAUUCAAUUAUAGGAUUAUAUAAAAAAUAUGGUUUACAUGUUAUCAAAAAAUUAGGUACAAAUGAUUCAAAAUUUUUCUGGACUGAAGCUAAUGGCGGUAAAUUUGUAUCCUUAAAAGAAAGUAAUGUACAUGAAGAAAGUGAUCCUAUGAUUGCAGAUCUUUUGGCAUAUUGGGGAGUUUCAUCUUUAAAAUUUGAUGAGGAAAAACUGAUCCAACUUAAGGAGAUUUCUAAACAAAGUAGUUUUCCUUAUACGACGAUUGGUGGAAGAACUAUUUGUGACGUAAUACGAAAAAAUGAGGAAUAUAUACAUAUGUUCUAUCAAAAUGAUAAAACUGCCAAAAAAGAAAUUAUUCGUUCUUUAUUAUUCUUAUUACUUGAAUUUAUUCUUAAAAGUAUAGAUGAAUCUUAUGAAAUCCUUAAUAGAUUACCAUUAGUUCCAUUGAAUGAUGGUUCGAUUGGAAAAUUUGGAAAUGUCUAUUAUAUUGGGAAACAAAAGUAUAUAGAUUUAUUCCCAAAAUUUGGACCUUCAAGAUUUGUUCAUAUUGAUCUACCGGGGGCAUUAUUAGAAAUUUUUAGAAGUAAGAAAUUUUCCGUACAAACAAAUAUCAGACGAUUUGAUUCUGCUGCAAUUUUAGAUCUUUUAUCAUUAGAAUUUCAUGAUAUUGAAGAAUUAGAUUAUGAACCUAAUAGUACUUCAAUACCAAAUAGUAAAUGGUUAGAAGAAAUUUGGUCAAAACUUGAAGUUGAUGAUAAUAUCAAUUUUAUUAGACUUUCAAAAUUUCCUCUUUUACCAAUGAUUCAACCUUAUGAAAAACUCGUUCAACUUGAUAUUACAAAUCCACUUAUUAGUAUACGUGAUUAUGAAAGAAAUUUUUAUCCUGUAUUAGUGAAACUUAAAUUACGAUUCACAAAUAAGGAAUUUCCAACUUCAGCUAAUCAUAAUAUUAGACAAUGCGUAUUACCAUUUAAUUCGGUUAAUAUUAUUAAUGCCUUAGAAAGAAUGUGUGUUUCAUCAAAUAUGUCCAUGGAUCAAUUAUUUAAAGAACGUAAUCUUUUACCAAAAGAUUAUGAAAAAUUUAGAAAUUAUAUUAAAGAUAAUAUUGAUGAUUUAAUAAGACAUGGUCGAAGACAAGAUAGAUUUGCUAAUAUUCUUCGUUCAUUACGUUCAUUACCUAUAUGGCCAAUAUGUUCAAGUGAUGACAAAUUUAUUGAUGCGAAAUCUGGAAUCCUUCUUCCACAUAAUCUUCCAUUCUUUCCCUUACAAGAAAAUGUACAUUUUUAUAAAUGUGAUAACGAAAAUGAUUAUAAUGCACUCUUCAACUUAGGCGCAAAUUCAAUUGAUGAAUUAGAAUAUGUUAGAGAUCAUUUCUUACCACAACAUAUAUAUACAAAACCAUCUGAAGAAUAUAUAAAUUUCUUAAAAAAGGUUUUAUCUUUAGAAAAUGGAGAAAUUGAACAAUUUCUUAAAGAAUGUCAAGUAAUUCCAAAUGUAACACAUGAAUCUUUGGUGAAGGCAAAUACUUUAUAUGAUAAUACCGUUCCUUUAUUUUUCAAUGUUUUUGAAGGUAGUGAUAAAUUUUUAGCUCCAGAAUUACAAAAUCCAAGAUUGAUGGGAGCUUUAGAAAGAAUCGGACUUAAACGUCAUGUGAAUGCUAAUACAUUUAUUGAAUGUGCAAAAGAAAUUGAAUCACAAUUUAGAAGAUCCGAAAGUUAUCCAGAAAAUAUAGUUAAACAUCGAGCAAAAUAUGUUACAGAUUAUUUCUAUGGACAUAUUACUAGUUUAGGUUUAACAAUUGAUCAAUUGAAUCAAAUUAUGAAUAUAAAAUUCGUUCCAUCAGAAAAAUAUUUUCAAAAUCGAUUAUUUAAUGAAGAAGCUAAAGUAACUUUAGGUUAUGAAUGUUUUUCAGUACUUUGUUCUCAACAAUAUAAAGAAGUAUGUUGGUCUCAAAGACCUUUAUUUGAAAAAAGUGUUGAACCAAAUAAUAUACUUUAUAGAUAUUUUCCUAAUAUUGGAAAACCAACUUUAAUUGAUGUUAUUAAACAUUGGUUUUUAGUUGUUGAAAAAAUUAAAUUAGGAUCUUUAACUUGGAAAUCUUCAGAAAAUUAUAAAGUUAUUAAGAAGAUAAUUGAAAAAAUUUAUGAAAUAAUGAAUGAAUUUUCACAAGAAAUGAUUCAUAAGAAUAUAAUAAUAUCAUUUAUUACAAAAAAUAGAUUAUUCUUAAAUGGAGAAGAUUUAUUUGAUAAUGAUAAUUGGGUAGCAGGAGAUAAUCUUGUAUUUGGAGUACAAGAAGAUAUUAGUAAAGGAUUAAAAAAAGUUGAUGAAUUUAUAAUGCCUUAUAAAGAUUUAUUGAAACUUGCUGGAGCUCAUGAGUUGGAAGAAAUAAAUAUUAAUGAAUAUGAUCUUAUUCACGAUUAUCAUGAUCAAAAAGAUUUAUUACAUAAUAAUUUAUUAAAAAGACUUAUAAGACAUCCUGAUACGAAACAUCAUGAUGUUAUUUUUAUUGUUGGUGAAGAGGGAACAAGAAUUGGUGCUAGUCGUUAUGUACUUUCUGGUAAGUUAAAUAUCGUUCGUAAGUUUUAUAAUUAAAUAAUUUGUUUAUUAACACUGUAUUUACCAUUUUUUUUUUCAAAUAGCUGCAUCAGAAUACUUUGAGAAAAUGUUUUGUGGUCAUACAGCCGAAUCAGAAGAUAAUAGACAGGUUGAAGUUAGAUUAGAUUAUAUCCAAUCAAAUUCUUUCCGAGUAUUCCUUCGAUGGUUAUAUGGAGAAUCUUUUGAAGAAGCAAGUUCUACUUUGAGAAAACGAACUGAAGAAGAAAAUUAUGAUUCUUAUUAUUUAGAUUUUCUUGUCAAUUUAUUAAAAAUUACAGAUAUAAGUGGAUGUAAACCACUUAAAGAUAUAGUAGAAAUUACAAUUAUGAAAGAUGGUUGUGUUAAUAUUAAUAAUGUAAUUGAAAUGUCAGAAU